CCGUUGACGUGUAUCAGCGUGCAGCUUGUAGCAGCAGGUGGCGCCAUCAUCAUCUUUAUCAUCAUCAUCAUCAACAACAACAACAACAGCCAGAUCCGUUAACUGGACUCCGGUUCUUCUGGAAACAAUGCACCGACUGCUGCUCGUGUUUGUGGCCGCUGCCGGAGCGUCGGUCCUCGGCCUCCCCAGGCAGGACGCCUCCCGGGCGGCCGGGCCCUGCCUCGCCCCGCUGCAGUGGGAGGGCAGGUGGGUUCUGUACGAUCACAGCACCGGGAGGAACAGCCGGGCCGCCGUCUCCUACGACGGCCAGAACCAGCGGAUCCGAGUCCUGCAGCAGAACAAGAAACACACCCCGUGUCAGAAGUUUUUUGAGUACAUCUACCUGUACCAGAGCAUGGUGAUGUUCCAGAUUGACCAGAAGACCAAGGACUGCUCAAAGGUCGCUCUGACGGAGGCCUGGGAUCCGUUCGACAUCCCCGACAACUCCACCUUCGAGGACCAGUACUUCAUCGGAGGGCCCGGGGACAAUGUGGAGGUUCAGGAGUGGUCGGACAGGAAGCCGGCACGCCAACAUGAGACCUGGGUGGGCGUCUACACCCUGAAGGACUGCUACCCGGUGCAGGAGACCUACACCAGGAACAGCAGCGUCACCACCUCCACCCGCUUCUUCAACCUGCAGCUGGGCAUCAGCGACCCCAACGUCUUCACCCCGCCCAGCACCUGUCAGUCACCUCAGCCCGAGAGGAUGGCCGAGUCCGACUGCUGAAGCCCAACUGGCUGUGACCUUUGACCUCAGACACUUAACAGCAUCCUGAGUCUGAAAUCACUCCCUCGCCCACUCACUCACUCCUGAAGAGGUGCAGGGUGAAUAUGAUCACUGGACCACGGGACUGAUUUCGGACGCAGCUUUUGUCAAGUGUGUUAUAAAACUGUUAAUUUGCUAAAACUGCGAUCAGACCCAGUGAGACCUGCAAGCUGUCACGUAACAAAUUAGCUCACGACAAAAAGUACAAAGUUGUUUUAACAAUCAGCUAAAAAUAAGUGUAGUUUACACUCCUUGCUGCAACCAGUUGAUAAUAUCCACGUCCAGGCUACCAGGCUAACACACUGCUUUUUGGUUUUCAGAGAAGCCUUCAGUUGGCUAAUUGCUUAAUUUCUUUGCAGUUUGAUGAAUCCCAGUGUUCCUUCACGCAAAUGAAGUGCCUCAUAAACACGAGCAGACACGUACAGAUCACACAACGUGUUCUGACAGCUGUCGGCUCAACGCGAGACGAGGAAUUACAGCAACAGUCGCUGGUAGCGGUGAUAAUCCUAACAAGGACAGGAGGCAGCGCCUCACUUAAAUGACAUUAGCAUUAAUGUAAGCCUAGACCCAUAUUUAUGGAUUCUGAGUGGUCCAAGAGUCUCAUAUCUGGACCUAAAAUGAAGAAGAGAAGGUAUUUUAAUGACUCUCUUAGCUGAGGAUGUUCAGUCGAACUAAGGUCAUAGUCAGAAUUGAUCAACAAACCUGAUUAAAUCAUCUUGGGACAUUUUGUUUGAAACGUAUUUGCUGUGAAAUGAGAAAUUUUAAAUCUUAAUUAGUAAAAGAUUCCUUUGCAACAGCAACAAUUUGGGUCCCUUCAAAAUCCUGAAAUGAGUUUACUGCACUAAUACGGGUAAAAACUGCUGCACUGUUCACAUCUCACACUGUAAGAAGAACUGUAUCUUCAUGUUGUUGACUGUACGGAUUGCUGCAUUCAUUCAGAGGGAAUAAACAUCAGAAGGACGUGAUGUCCAAACGCAA